AUCUCUUCUCACCUCUUUUCCUUUAACAAACUAUUUGAAUCUAAAUUCAAAUUGAUUGUUCAGGGAAAAUUGAGCUCUAUCAUGGCAAAGAUCUCCUUAUUGCUGUUCGUAGUGGCCCUUUUUGCCUCUCUCCAUGCUUAUGAAGCUCAUCGCAUUGGAAAAUUCGAUGAAGCACUUGAAAAAGACUUGCGUAAAGCCGAGGCCAUGAUCGAGGAAGACUUAAAGGCCAAGAAAAUGAGCAUUCAAGGUUUGACAACUGAGGUGAAAACGUUAAGCAAAUCUGAGAAAAUGCUGAAUCAACUCGGAGAUGAUUACAGAAAGGAUGUGAAUCUAGCGCCUUACGAAAAGAAACUCAAAAAAUUCAGCAGGAUAGUGAACCUCAAGAAAGCACCUGAGAAAAAGAAGAAAUCUGUAUCCAUAAUCCAAUCGAUCUUGAAAGAUUUUGGAUUAAACAGAGGGAGGGAAUGACAACAAAAAUAAUAGUUAUAGCGGAUGUGUUUAAAAGAGGUUUGAACUCGGCCAUUGAGUUUAGCUUUACAAGUGAGGAGAGCAAAUAAUUUCCCCAUAGUAUAUUAGUUGCAUCAUAAUGUAAUUUAAUGAAAUAUUACUGCUUAUGGUAUAUCCUACGAUAUUUUU